AUGGAGAUUUCUUCUAGUGAAAAAGUUCAAGAUGAAUUGAAAUCUAAUGGUGAUGAGGUUACUGUCGCUGAAAAAUUAUCUACCACCACAGAGGCUGUAACUCAGGAAGAUGUCUUACUGGAUGAUUCAUUGACAGAAAUGGAUUUAAAUAGCAAUCGUUCCAAGAGAAGAAGAUCUAGUGCAGGUGGGCCAUUGCUGAAGACAACCAAGAGUGUCGCUGAGACUGGUGAUGAUACUAUUAGGAAGAAGAAGAAGAAUAACAAAGCUGUCACUCUACAGAUUCAAGAAAAAUCAUUAGAAAGAAGGAUUUCAAUUAAAGAUUUGAGAGAUUUUACACUAUACUUAUUAAACUCAACAAACAAUUCCCCAAAAUGGAUCCAAGUCAAUAAUAGAACAGGGAUUAAAAAAAUGAUUGUUUUAUUUGUUCCUGGGUUAUUGCAAUCUGAUUAUAAUUUACCAAGUGGUGCUUCAUUCCAUGAAAAUUAUACAACUCUACAAAAUGGAAACCUGGAUGUAUUGAAGGAUGCCGAAUUUGAAGAUCAGCUUUUGAACUUCCCAGUUUCUGCUCCAGGUUCAAGAAUUUCAUUAUUUUCUGCAUACAAUUCUUUUGUCAAUGUUGGAUUAACUAAAAAGGAAAAAGAAGAUAGAAAGGCUGAACUAUCUAAGAAAAAGAUAACUAUUAAUGAUAUAUUGAUGGAUAUAAAUGGUUUAAUAGAUAGUGAUUAUCCAAUUCACUUUGAAACUGCCGGUAUUACUGAUGCUAUGAAAAAAGAAUUAACAGAUUUACGCGUUAAAGAAGAUGAUCCAAGAUGGGUUGAUACUAAAUCUUUUGAUCAUGAUGGUUCACAUAUAUUUGCAUUGGAUUGUGAAAUGUGUAUGUCAGAGGAUGGAUUAGUCCUAACUAGAAUUAGUAUUGUUAACUUUGAUGGCGAGGUCAUAUAUGAUAAAUUAGUUAAACCUGAUGUACCAAUUAUCGAUUACCUAACCAAAUAUAGUGGAAUCACAGAAGAGAAAUUGGCAGAUGUAACGACCACAUUGAAGGAUGUUCAGAACGAUAUCCUUGGAAUGAUUAGUACAGAAGACGUUUUAAUCGGCCAUUCAUUACAAAGCGAUCUUUCUGUUUUGAAGUUAAGACAUCCAAAGAUUGUCGAUACAGCAUUGAUUUUUGACCAUAAAGCAGGGCCACCAUUCAAGCCAUCAUUACGUUAUUUAACAUCUGAAUACCUGAACAGAGACAUUCAAUGUAAUGACGCAGCUGGCCACGACUCUAUAGAAGAUGCUAAAGCAUGCUUAGAAUUAACAAAAAUGAAGAUUGUUAAUGGUUUGUUAUUUGGAGCUGCUAUAAAUACAGAAAAUUUAUUUCACAGGUUAGCUAAAAUCGGUACUAGAUCAUUGACAUUGAUAGAUUCUGCUCCAAAACAACAUGCAACUAAAACCGAUGAUUUAGAAAUGACUAUACGAUGCUCUACAGAUGAUGAAAUAUUCGAUAAUGUAGUAAAGAAUGUCGAUGAUUACGAUAUCUUGGUAGGAAGGUUAAGAGGACUAGAAUUUGCUCGUGAAUAUGCAAAGCCAUCAAUUGGUAGAAACGUCGAAAUCACUACUGAAGAAGCGGCUAUGAAAACUGUUGGUGAAGGAUUUAAGAAGAUAUACAAUGCUUCUCCAAAUGGAACUUUAAUAUUAAUGUUAUCAGGUAGCGGUGAUACAAGAGAAUGGAAUAAGAUUAUGCAAGAACUCAACAAAUUAAACAAGGAAGAUAAAAACAGUGAAAAACAAAAAAGAGAUGGAGAAAUCCAAGAUGCAGUCAGCAAUGCAAGAGACGGUGUAGCAAGCAUGGUACUAAAGCAAGAUUUGACAUCAAAGUCGGAGUGA